CCUGCCCUGCCCUGCGCCGCGCCGCCGGAGCUCGGCCCGUCCUGCUCGGCCCCCGGGUAAGGCGGGCACGAUGUGAGUCGCCACGGGGCCCGAGCGUCCGCCCCGCACGCCAGCUCCGCGAGCGCGGCGCCCCGCGCGCUGGGAACAUUGUGCCAGCCGAGGACAUUUCCAUCUCCAGCACCCAGCACACAGUAGGUGCUCAGGAUUGGCCCCAGAGGAGAGGCCGGGCUCAAGGGCACCAUGGCCGCCAAGCAGCCCCCGCCCCUCAUGAAGAAACACAGCCAGACGGACCUGGUGAGCCGCCUGAAGACCAGGAAGAUCCUGGGUGUGGGCGGGGAGGACGACGAUGGAGAGGUGCAUCGUUCAAAGAUCAGCCAGGUCUUGGGAAAUGAGAUCAAGUUUGCUGUCCGGGAGCCUCUGGGGCUCAGGGUCUGGCAGUUCCUCUCCGCUGCACUCUUCUCCGGGAUCGCCGUCAUGGCCCUGGCCUUCCCUGAUCAGCUCUAUGAUGCCAUCUUUGACGGAGCUGAAAUCACCAGCAAGACCCCCAUCCGUCUCUACGGCGGCGCGCUCCUCAGCAUCUCCCUGAUCAUGUGGAAUGCACUCUACACAGCCGAGAAGGUCAUCAUUCGGUGGACGCUGCUCACAGAGGCUUGCUACUUUGGGGUGCAAUUCCUGGUGGUCACUGCCACGGUAGCUGAGACAGGCCUCAUGACUUUGGGAACCCUGCUGCUUCUGGCCAGCCGCCUCGUUUUCGUCGCAGUCAGCAUUUACUACUAUUACCAAGUGGGCCGGAAACCCAAGAAAGUCUAGCAGGGCGGGGACCUGCCUGCGGCCCGGCCAGGGAGGCUCCAGGGCCUUUGGCCUCCUUUGGCUUCCUGAAAGGUCAGAGGCUCUGCCCCCAGCCAGCCUCAGUCAGGUGGGCCUCCCUCUUUCUGCUGGUUUGGAGACAGGUGGCUGCACCCCAUUCUUUGUCCUGUGCAGGAUCCCGGCCCCCAUUUGCUGGGCUCUCUGGGCCUCCAUACCCCCUGAAAGCCUCUCUCUGAGUGGCUAGCAGUGUCCUCGGGGUGGGCUGAGCCGAGGCCCAGGCCUCCUCUGCCAGGAAGCCCGCUGGACAGAGAGCUCCCGAGCCCCCUGCCCCCAGCCAGCCUGGAGCCGGAAUGGCUGAUCUUGGCUUCUUUCCAAGCCAGAAGUCUGAGAAUCUGACCUUGUGCCCCAGCCAGGGGCCCUCUGCACCCCACGCAUGUGCGUGCGACAGACACACACACACACACACACACGCACACACACACACACGCACAUGCACACACGCCCCUUCCUGUAGCCACUGAGGGCUGACAGGCAGGCAGAGGCCAUGUUUUGGAGCCUGAGCCUCCUUUGGCCUUCCUGUGAGGAUUACCACCCAUUGCCUGCAUGCCUGUGCUCUCCAGGGCCCUGGCUGUGGGGCACCCUGCUGGGGGCGGGCUGCUCCCCACUUAGGCCUUUGACCCUUCCCUAACCUGGCCCCUGGCACGUGGAUGUGGAGAGCCCCAGCGGGAAGCUGUGUUGGGGUGGGGGACUCAGAGGGGAGCAGGGGGGGAGCAAUGGCUGUCCCUUUGCCCACUCCCCCUCCCCAGCAUGUCCUCCAAGGCUUUCAGCCCUUCCUGCCCUCCUUCCUCAGGGGGAGACUAGUCUCUGGACUCCCUAGGCUGCCCCACUGCCUCUUGGGUAGGCUUUGUGCAGGGGAAGUAAACAGAAGUAGUUGGGACCAGUCCCCUCCGGUCACUCCCCUGUCCCAGGGACACACAGAGGCUGGCAGUGAGCUCGGAGCUAAGGCUCCCAGGCCCGACUUGCAGGCCACCAGCUGGUGUGCAAGACUCACCCUCGGCACCUCCUCCCUUGCAGCACCGGAGAGGAAUAGUGUGGUAUCAGGCAUGUGAGGCAGCGCACAGGUCAGGCUAGCCACUCCCUGCCAAGCACAAGGGACCCGCACUGUGAAGGAAAACCUGCUUUUUGCUGCCAUCCGGCUCUUGCCCCUGUGCCCCGGGCAGGCCAAGCCCAUUCGUGAUGGCACUGGGGAGGGAUGCCUGUAUCCCCACCCCAGCCAUGUCUGCCUGUCACCACUGGCUGCUCCUAGGCAGGGGGCAGUGCCUUGUCCUCCCCUAGCUGGGCAUGCGGCGCACUCCCCGGGGGUCAGGCAGGAGGCGGAGAGCUGCAGCUGGGCCUUGGCACCAGGCAGUGCAGGCCAAGCCACUCAGUGUGAUGGGGUAGAGCCUGGCCUCAGCUGGGUGGCCAGGCUACUCCGGGACGGAGCUGUCCUGGUGGGACAGGGUCAGAUGGAGUUUGGCAGACAGAUGUGCAGCUUGUGGGGGUCAGUUAGGGAAGGCACAGGAGUUGGGGGAGCCCCGGGUACCCCUCCACAAAGCCCCUCGUGCCCUCUUCCACCUUGGCUCAGCUCCACCCACAAAGCAAGGCCACCUUUGUUCACGGUCACUCUAUUUAUUCCUCGUUCCUUUUUCUUUUUGUAAGAAACAGUCAUAAAAACCAGUGCAAAACCAU